AUGAUCCAUAGGUUUUAUUUGAUAUUGGUGAUUAUUCAUUAUGCAACAUAUAUCUCAAACUUGGCAAGCAACGACACCCUAACUGGACAGCAGGAAAGGAACUAGAGCAAAAGAUGUCAAUGAUUGUCAUCAAUGAUCCUCGGGUAGUAGUAGCAACCAGCAACGGUAUCUCUAGUUCCAGCUACCAUAUUAACAUCAACUUAGAAACGGCAAACUGGACCCAACUUAUCUCUGCUUUACUAGAACAAUACAAAAAAUUGAAUCACAAAAAGAAUGUACAAUCAAAACGAUAUGUAGACAUAGAUGAUGAUGGAAAGGACAAUACUAUUCAAUUCGUAAAUCAAGUCGUACAAAUAUAUAUUGAUGACCCAAUGGAACAAGACGUGUCUGGCAAGAACGAAUCUGGCUUUGUUAACGAAAAUGAUACUCUGGAUACUUCAAAGGUUCAAGAUCAAGCCAACAGAACGGCCAAGUUACCAAGCCUUGUGCGAUCCUUACCAAAUGGCACCACUACUAUGGAUCUCAAUCCUCCUUCAUCUGACAUACCAGUUUUAAAUAACACACAAACUGAUGAUAAAGCGAAUGAAAACAACAAAGAGCAUACGAUGGAAUCAAGUCUACCAGCUACUCUUGAUAGGAACCUCAACAUGACAGUCACGAGAAGAGAUGAUCAUGGUACUCUACAACAUUUCUUUGGAAAAGCGGCGACUUGUGUAGAGAUCACAGAUUUGACGGCAGAUGACGAUGAUGAUAUUUCAACAGCGGAUGGUUACGGAAAUAGAUCUUUGAAACGGAAACGGGAUGAUCAAACAAACAACGCUGGAAACGAUGAUGACAAAGAUGAUGAUGAUGAACGCGAAGAAAAGAGAUCAUCCUUGAGGGCUUCGAAAAGGCAAAAAGAAAAAGUGGAAAGUGAAGAAGUCUCAAAGAAAAAAAUGUUGGAAGAAGAAAAUGCACUCAAUAGUAUGGUUCAAGAUGUUUUUGAUACUCUGGGGAAUUUGAAUGGUCUUUGCCGAAGUACACCUUGGUUUGCACCUAUGACUAUUGGAAUUGAUACGUCCAUGUUGGAACAUUUUUGGUCCUUCUUUGAUUACAAGGUCUCCGAGUUGGGAACUACUUUUACCUGGAAUUUUGGAAACUGGAAAGUAAAGGAUGAUUUGAAUUCUAUUUUACCCAAUGGAAAGUAUCGAUUUGCCAAAUUUGAAAGUGAUUCGUCUUUGUUACCUACAUCAUCUUCAAACAAUGAUGAUUUGACCGUGCGAAAAUUUAUUGACUCAUUGAAUCAUAUCAACUCUGGUACACUGGACUGUCUUUGCUUAACUAUCAUUGCCAUUCUCCAACAAAUCACCAAUUCGACUGACAAUGUUGAUGAAGCCACAAUGGAUUUGCUAUUGGAAGCUACUGAAUUGAUGGGUCAAGAUUUGAUAAACACCUUGUCUUCUAACCGAGAUCUAUGUCCACAAUUAGAAACCAAUGAGCAGCAGUUACAGGUGAUAUUGUGUUUGUCUGAAAAUCUUACUGAUCGACUCAUCAACAGUAUUAGAACGGAACAAGCUAACACUGUGACUGGAACGUCAUUAUCGUCAAAACAAAGAAUGCUUACAGAAAAACACGCCAAAAUGACUAAACAUCACAAGGAACUAUGUAACUUGUGGAUGACUAUAGUGGAUCGCACUUUGAUUAAAGAUUCUAUGGACUCGUUUGAACCUUCCUUUUUGACUCAAACUAAAAGUAAGGAUAUGAUGAUGACAAAUAACAGAAAAAAGCUUCUUUCAAGGUAUUGGUGGCUGAAAGGCAAGCUUGCUCAGUGUGACAAUAACGUGGUUGAUGCAAUCCAAUGGUAUCAAAAAUGUGAACUCCUAUUUGAAAUGAAUGAUGAAGGUGAAUUGGACUCAAGGUUGCAUUGCCAGUACGAUUCUAUAUUGAAUGGUUCUUCUAUCAAACGCAAGCUACGAUUAUUACAGAUUGGCAAAUAUCUUGUCGAAGUUCAGUCAAAAAUGGUGGAUCAUGAUUAUGAAGGGGCAUUACUAAAACUGGAACCUAUUGUGCAAAAGGAUUGGGAUUCAUCUGAAUCUACCGCAACCGAUGUGGGUACUCCAGUGAUGACACUAUUGGCCAAGUGUUAUUUGGAGACAAACAGGUAUCUAGACGCUUGGAAAUGCUAUGUGAAAAUAUUGACGGCCCUUAUUUCCGAACUUGUAUCAUAUGGUGGGGAUCGCAUGAUGAAAGGCACUUUAUUGAAAAAGGGUGACGAUACUGAAUUCUUUAGACUUUUGAGCUCAAUUGAUCAAGUCAUUGAUGCUUUUAUACACCUUUUACUAGACACUGAAAGUGAUAAGUGGCUGCCGCAUAAUCUGGAUGCUGGGUUUAUAGAUAGUCUGAUGAUUUUAUUACGUACGACAAUCAUUUAUACCUUUCGACAUCCUGAUUUUAUUCCUCUGGUCAACAAUUUUUCUAAUCCUGAAAUGACUCCACACGUUCCUUCAAGAAAAACGAAAAUCAAUUCCUAUAAUGCUGUUACUACGAAAUCUUGGGUGUUAGUCUCCACUUUGGCACAACAAAAGAUCAAGUACGACAAUGAUGAAAAUAAGAUGGUGUCAUUGGCCAGUCUAUUACAAAAUAUGCAUGAUGAACUUGGGGAACGCGAAGUUUGUGGUGCAUCCAAAGGUAUCUUUUUACAACAUCUUGUCCAAGUCCUUAGUGAAGUUGAUGCAAACAAUAAUCGACGGGGAAUCUAUCAAUGCUAUCAUUGUUUAUAUGGUGUCCAUUUGGCAGCGGAAGCUGAACUUAUAGAAGAACAUCAUGCUGUCCAUGGAACCUUGAAUGAAGAAGCUGCUGAACAUCUCUACAACCUUGUUAUUGACGAUGUAUUAAUGAAGAUGGAUCGAAAUGCACCUCUGAAGAACGAUUUGAGGGAUGCUAUUGAAACUGUUUCUGGUCUAUUCGAAGAAUUACCAUCUGAUAAUUCUUAUGUCCAAAGAAAUCGUGCAAUUAUUGAAGGCUAUCUUGGACGACUUGUGAAUAUUCACCAAUCAAUUCAGUCUAUGUUACAACAAAGUGAUUUGCCUAUUGAUUUGACAGAAGCAAAAUCUUCUUCAUCUUCAUCUCUUUCCGUUGUGUUUGGGCAUAUAUUCUUUAUCCGUGGCAAAAUUCUUCGAAUGCAUAUCAAAAAUCGACCCAAAGUUAGCUCUGAAAAAACUAUGACUGAUUUGGAAGAAGCCAUUGAACAAUUCAAAUGUCAUGUGAUUCUUCAUCCUGAUGAUCAUCAAGGCUGGUACGAACUUGGAUGUUCUUUAUCACAAUUAGCAGAGGAAGAACUUACAUGGAGUGCGGUCAAUAUCAUCACACAUCAAGAUCAAAUUAUUAUUUAUCAAAGGGAAGCAUUCCAUUGUUUUAUCAAGACCUGGCAACUAUCUACUGUAGGACAUCGACUAAAGAAGAAGCAAUUGUUUGAAUUCUUUACGAGGUUUGGUUCUUUGGUAUAUAGUAUGGCUUGUGCACCAAUGAAUAUGGAAGCAUUUAUAUGGAACAAACCAGUCAAAACUUUGGAUUCCACAGGUACGUUACAAGACACGAAACCAAUAAAACCAAAGCCUUCCUUGGCAUACAGAUUAUCUUUGGAACUCUUUUCCCAAGCUUUACAUUACAAAUCGGAAGAUCACUCUGAAUGGAGAACGUUGUUUAUGAUUGGAAAAUGUUACGGCAAUCUGCACAGACCAGCAAAGGAAGUGAUCGGUUGGUACAUGCGAUCAAUUAAACAGUCUCACGAUACAUCAUCAACUGGAAAUGCGCCUUUGGAACCUAUAUAUAAAUUAUAUUCCACUCUUGCGAAAUAUCUCUACACUGGAAGUAUAAAAGUAAGUUUGGAUUUAAGUGAUUUAUGAAGUAUCGGUUCUCUCUCAUGUCUUUGAUUUUUCUUGUUUUGUUAGCCGGUUGAUAUUCUUCCGUAUUUAGAUAAAGUUUCCGCGAUACAGGCCACUAACCAGCUUCAUGUACCAGCAUCAUCAUCAUUAUCUUCAGCAGCAUCAUGUUUAUUACCGUCAUCGUCAACAACGCCAUUCACAACUGUAUCAACAGUAGGAUCGCCGGCGACAACUACUGUCAAAACACUUUGCCGUGCUGCCGACGAUUCUAGUUCAGUGACAGGGAUCGUGGAUUUAACAACAGAUACGAA